AAAAGUAUAGAAAGUAUGAUUGGUUAUACGUUGCGCGAAGAAUACGUGCCAUGGGACGCCGCCCUUAUCAAUUAAUUUAGUGUUUUACGCUCUUGCCGUAUGACAAAUGCGAUACACCUGAAGGAGUGCGUCAUAUACAUGAUUUCAAAACUAUGCGAAGAUAGGGCGUGUGUUUUAGAUUUGCCUCAAAUUCGUUAGCUCAAUUGUUACUGCCUGUAAACAAAGAAAUUUGUUGUUUUCAUUUUUUUAAAUGAUAUAAUAAAAUGAAAAGUUUAUCAUACAUACUGCCACUCGUGACGUGCCUUGCAUGGCAUGUUGCUGCUAUAGCUCAGAAUAUAAGUUACAAUGACAUUCCACUGGUCAUCAGAGGAUCUUGGUUUUCAUGGGAAAAUGGCAGAAAUACCAGAACAGUAUUAGAUGCCAAUAGCAUGACUGAGCGUGGUACAUUUGUAGAGUUGUUAUACGAACCGAAUUCCAAUUAUACAAUUGUAUUUCGUAGUAACAACUGUUACCACUGUGUAAAAUUUCUUGUUAGAACAGUAAAUAUCCUAGAAAAACUUGAAGUAAGUUGUGUGAAUGUUCCUGAUGGAAUAAAACCUUCAGUGGGUUAUGUUUGCAAAGGUUUAAGUGCAAAUCAACAACUGAUAACAUUAUUUUCGGAACAUUUUUCACCCAUGAAUUGCAGAUCAUCUCUAGAAGGAGUUUGGCAGUUUACUUAUCAAAACCGAUUCCGAUUUACGGGCGAGUGUAAUAAUCCAGAUGCGUAUAUAAAGUCUUGUCAAAGUCCAGGAAAUCAAUUUUUCAUAACUAAUCAGAAAUUCAACAUUACCUACAAGAAAUGCGCUGAGAUGAAAGGAACUUUUGAUGGAUUGGUAGAGUACACUUGCUUGGGUGAUUGGUUUGUGGGCAAGAAUCACUUCUUCGCUGUAGCAAAUACAAAGGAAUCCCGGGACGAUGAAAAGUACAGAUGCUUCUUAAGGAAUCGUGAUGACGACUUGUACAUCGGUGUAUCUAUCACUGCGGAGUGUAAUACCCUUAAAACCGUUGAAAAAAGCCCUGAACGUUUAAGAAUUACUCCAGUCAAGUCUGAAACAGUCGAACCAGGUUGCCGUUUACCUCAAGAUAUGUACGGGGAUUGGAUCAACACUGCUAACAUUGAAGCGGACGUUACCAUCAACGAAACGCACAUCGUUGAGACUUGGCAUCCAGAUACUGGACGUUAUCGGCACACGAUUUACAUUUGCCGCGAGCAAAGAGGUACAAGAAUAAUGAUGGCAAGAUUGGCGGUAGAUGGAUGUCAAACGGAUUACAUAUGUUUUGAUUUCGUGCGACGGCACCAUAACGUUAUCAGAUUCCGAAAAGGUCAAGCGGUGAUUAAGGACGAUUUUCAUACAGUAUGCUCCUGGGUCCAAUUUACUAAUGAACAUGAUUGGAAAUACGACCUAUUUUUAGCGCAAAAACCCGUCCCAAUACGUUGCCCGGUAGCUGGCAAAUAUAUGUUCAAACAGAAGGGGGAUGUCCUCUUUGAGACUAGGAUUCUAGGUGGCGUCACCAAGUCUCCGCGCCCGAACAUUUAUUGUAAACAGAAUAUUUCUGACUUCUCAGUCUGCAGUACUGACCAAAAAGAGAUUGCCAUCGACGAGACGUAUUGCUUGUCAGUAGAUCACCUGGGGAAACCAGUCGAUAUUUAUAGUGAUCCGGACUAUGUGAUGAAAUGCAUCGGAUACUGGAAGGAGAACCUAAAAUCAUAUUUAAUAACGUACGACGAGUUAGAUCCUAUCAGCAGAUAUCGCUGCUGGGUGUACCAGCGGGCUGAUUUGAACCGAGUACUCAUGUCUCAAUCCACUGGUCCAUUCUGCUCACUCAAUCAAGACGUUACGAGUAAUAAUCACGAGGAAGGCGCCUCGGUUGCCCUGGAGUUACAAGAAUACGAGCGAGAACGUGACCAAUGUCCGAUGCAUUUCGACGAUGGAUCCAAUCCUUGGGUUCAAGCAGAGAACUUCAUUCAUGUCUUCCAUUUUGGAAACAGCGCUAAUAUAAAGAGCCAUUUCUCAUUCAUGUUCAUUAUAUUAUUAGUAUUUUGUUCUAUGAACAUGUAAAUCAUUCUAUUUGUAUAAGAAGCAAUUUUUUUAUUCUCGUAAAACUUAACUAUACACACUUUAAAAUGAAACAAACCGUCCCAUAUAUUCUAAGUCACUCGCAAUGGUUAGUUUAGCAUUAACACUAAACGUAUUCCGUCCAUUUUGUAAUUAUGUGGUAAAAUACGUGCCUUAAACUACUGAUAAGAUAUUGUAAAAGAUAGUGUGAAGAUACUAUUUUCAAGACCUGCUGCUCGAUGAUUAUAUCGUCAAGAUAUGGCUAACUAAAAAUGUUAUAGAAAUAGUUUAUCGAACUUUACAGUUCGUCACCAGAUUUUAUCAAAAGAUCAAUUUAUUACAAGUCCGGAAAAUUGUGAAUUAAAAAAUUCGAUAUUUUAUAUUACAGUUUUACUAUAAUAUAUACAUAUAUAAUAUAUACAUUAUGUUUGUAUGUAUUAGCAUAUGAAUCUAUUAAUACGUCUUUCUAAUAUUUCAUCUGUGCUCGAACACUCUUAUCUUUGAUAAUAUAUAUUUAAGUACACUGA